AUGCCUAUCCCAUUUGAACUUGUCAAGAGGCGUGGUCGUGUUGUAGGUAUCGAUUUCAUAUUCUUGGCUAUCGACUGGAACGGCGCAUUCUUCUCGCUGAUGGCUCUUGUAGCCCAGAACGAGUUCGAUGUGCUCUUUGGGACGAUGUACGCACUAUGCUGCGCUAUCGAAAUGAGCAUGGUUGCUUCACACAUGAUCUGGCUGUUCCGAACUCGUGGAAUCCGUAAGCGCGCGAAAGAAGCUGGCGAGACUUUCGAUGAAUUCGAGGAGGGCUCGGAAUGGCAAGCAAAGGGCAUUGAUAUUGAGAAGAACAUUAUACACUUCUUCUCAAAGAAGAGCACUCCUGAAGAGGGCAGGCUACCUGCCACAGGUGGUGCAGACGCGCUCGUAAAUCCAGAAGAAAUAACACCAAAGACUGUUCCGAAUGCAGUCGCAUAA